AUGGACAGAGGUGAUAUCCUGGAUGUUUUGUCAUCUGAGCCGGAGAACGAGCGUCCCCAGACUAGGGUCCUUCGCCGACAAGCUCACUCCAUCAUCUCUGACAUCCCGUCCGAUGUAGACCAAGAAGGUCUUCCAACAGCGCUCCUCGAGCUUCUUACACAGAUCAUCAAGCCGCUCUUUACCAACACGAAACACCCCCAGCUGACAUCCACGGGCCGCAAAUCUCUCGUUCCAGGACCGCCACCAUCGAUAGCAACAUCGCGUUUCCUCUCACCGCUAGACGACGAUGAGCAAGAAGCGAUCCAGAAACCAUGGAAGAGAACGCCCUUCACAGUACCCUUGCUGAAAUACAUCUUGCAAAGUUAUGCACUUCUCCCCAAACCGGCGCAGAAAUCUACCAUAGAAUCCCACUUCCACUUCCUCGUCCCACCUGUUCUCAACAUGAUCGACGACGCUUCGGCCCAGUACAAAUCCGACGGUUGCCUUUUACUGCGCCUGCUUUGUACGACGUUAAUCUCCGCCCAAAGCGACAUGCUACGACGUACUGGAUUGACGGACGUGUUCGUCGACGCGCUCAAGACGAAUUUCCUGCUGCUGCCCACCUUGACCCCGGAGGAAGACAGCUUGCUGAUCUUGAGGGAGCUCUACCCGGCCUACUUGGCGCUUGUGGAUGCGAGGUUUGUCAACUUGCAAGUCGCCAUGACCGAAGGGGUCGACAUCUCCACGGGCAAGAAGACAGACGCCGGAGGAGCGACUUGGACCAUAGGCGAGGACUUUACGCUCCGGGAAGCCCUGCUCACCAAGCUCUACAGACACGGCAUCAUGGCUUCGCUAUCCCACCUGUCCUCCUCUACGAGUUCAUUCUCAAACACAAUCUCUGCCCCACUAACAACGUUCCUGCUCAAGCAGAUCCCACCGGUAUUUAGACGACUAAACAUCCACGCCGUCAAGCAUCUCCAGACCCUGCUACCGAUGAUGCGGGUGGCCUUGAUGGACCCGUUCGUCCUCGCGGCGCCGGAGAUGGCGCUUGCCUCGCUAAAUGUUCUGGCGGUGGUGGUCCAACGGUGCUCAGAGCGGGUCCGGGAUAAGUGGUGGCCGGAGAUUCUGAGGGCUUGUGUGGCAUGCUGGUGUAAUUGUUUGGACGAAAAGGAAGGCGCGAAUGAAGGGGCUGCGACGGCGUUGCAGGAGGUCAUGGACAGAGCCAAGGGGGUGGUGGAGUUGUUGCAGGAUGCACUGGGAGAGGAGGAGUGGGAAGAUGUCAAGGCGAAAUUGCUGCAAGAGGAGAAAGAUUUGAUCGGGCUGUUUGAGGAUUAG